AUGAUGUUUUUCACGUGGUAUGGGCUCGUGUUCAUCACCGUCCUAUUCGUGCUCCUCUCCCCGGGGAUGCUGCUGCAGAUCCCAGGAGACAACCAGCCAGUGGAGUUUCAGAACUGGCGCACGUCUCUGCCCUCCGUGGCCGUGCACGCUGUAGUCUUCCUCGCCCUCAUCCAACUGGCUCUCCCCUUGUCCUCCCUCCCCCCUCCCCCCCUUCUUCCUGCAGAUCCCAGGAGACAACCAGCCAGUGGAGUUUCAGAACUGGCGCACGUCGCUGCCUUCAGUGGUGGUGCACGCUGUAGUCUUCCUCGCCCUCAUCCUGCUCUCCAACUGGCUCUUCCCGUCCUUUCUACACGGGUUGGGGGAGGGGAGGAAGAGGAGGAGGAGGAGGAGGAGGAGGAGGAGGAGGAGGAGGAGGAGGAGGAGGAGGAGGAGGAGGAGGAGGAGGAGGAUGAGGAGGAGGAGGAGGAGGAGGAGGAGGAGGAGGAGGAGGAGGAGGAGGAGGAGGAGGAGGAGGAGGAGGAGGAGGAGGGGGAGGUCCCCUGA